AUGCAACAGGGUCGGCCGGAACCAUGGAAUGCCGUGGUUGGCGGGGAGGCGGACGCGACGACUGUGUACCGGAUUGGCAAGGAUGACAUUGAUCGUUUGGAGUGCGUUUGCUGCUUCGACGUCUGCAGCGGCGCUCGCUGCAUCAUCAUCGGCCUCCCUGGCUUGUCGGGCCAGCGCUGCAUCGUCGGGAGGGUGGAGAAGAACCAGGCCGAGAGUUUCGCCGUGAUCUACGAUGCGAAGGGCUGCCGGCGGCAGGUGCACGUGGCGUGCCUGGCAGUGGACGACUGCCUGUCAUCUGGCCGCACAGCUCGCGGUGACCCCUGUCCUUCCAAGGGUGAGCGCCUAAGCCUUGGGCUGGGUGUGGCAAGCCUAGGGUGCGCCUGCGUGGUGAAGCAGGCCAUGGACGAGAUGUUUGUGGAGCAACUGGCAAUGCCUUUCGAUUGGCUGGUCUCCCGGGUAGAGGGCGUCCUCUACUUCUUCCGGCAUGGCUUCCGUGAUUUCACCCACUACGACGAUGCACAGGUCGUCGGGGAGCAUGGGUAUACCUCCUUCCGCUCUGCCUACCAUGCUUUCCCGCAUCACGACAUCUCCUCAGGAGCUCAAGUGUGGAUGGGUUGGUUUAGGUCCUUGAGGGCUUUAGGGCUUCGCGACUUUGCCUGCACCGAGGCCACCGCGCGGCCCCUGCUGUUGAUCCGCGUCUGUGCGCGCUCAGAAGAGCUGGACUCCAGCGAGGAGCUCUACGCUCAGCUGCGCCUUUUGGGUGGCCAGAAAGUCUUCCUGCUGGUUCCACGGCUUGGGAAAGUUUCAGUGUGCUUGGUAUGUGAAGUGCUCAAGGUCGUGAUCACGGAGCAGCGGCGAUUCCUCGGGGCUGUUCAGCACCUGCAGCUGAGCAACCUGAUCUUCUACGUAUGCAAGGAGGGCUGCCGAGACCUCACCGAUGCAGUGCGUUUUCCGGCUCGACUUCAAUCGGGGGCUGUUGUAACUGGGGCCCCCUCUUGCUGUAGCUGA